CAUUUGGGGGUGGGGAGCAGUGAGUCCUUGUAUUCCUUGUGGGAUGGGGUUUGAGGAUUGUAAUGGAAGCUAAGGCUGGAAAGAGGUUUCUGACUGAAGGGCCUUGAAUGCUCUGCCCCGGAGUUUGAACUUUUAUCCUGUUGGUGAGGAGUGGUCAAGGUUUUGGGUGGGAUGUGAAAGAUGUGUUUGAGAGAAGUAGCACUAGUGAGAGCGGAGGACAGAUCCAGAGAUGGGAGUUGGUGACGGAGCCGGGUGCAGUUGCAGGGGGCACGGGCCAGGACAGUGGCGGAGGGUGGAGAAGGGCGUCAGGUAGAAACAAGCAGGAGAACCCACAGUGCAGGGGCACUCACUCUGUGGGGUUGGUCAGAGGAAACGGAGGAAGGCAGAAGGAAGUGGGAUUUCUCACUUGGGUGCUGAGGACGGGGCUGGUACCUGAGAGAAGGGGUGCGGGAGUGGCUGUGAAGAAGGAACGGGCUAAAACACAUUUGACUUUCAGACUUGUAGGAUUUGCGGUACAUGUGGGCCAUCCUGGAUGAGAUGUGCUUUUAGAGAGAAAGUGAGUCCUGGCACGGAAUUGUGGGGAAUACCAGCAGGAAAGGGGGCCGUGGCGGAAGAGAGCGUGCUGGCUGACGGUGGACACGCAGUCGUGGUGGUUACUGCACGUUCACCAAGGCUGGUGGGUGAUUCUCUUCUAGAAAGAUCUCAAGGUUGAAGCGCCGUUCCUGGGUGAGAGACUGGUUAUUGAGAAUACUGAAACAGAUGCUGCUAGUUUGUAAUGGCUUUAAAACUCACAUCUUCAGUUUCAAUUUUUAGGUUGUUUUCUUUCUCUUUUUCUUCAGAAAGCAGUGGUUGGUCUGUGACUGCAGCCAGGGCUGGUGGUUCUCCAGUCAUUUGCCAACAGAUGUCCUUAAUGAUAACUGACUCGGUAACUCAGUACUUCCUGUAGUUAAACAUCCUGUAGGUGACGGUUUCUGUCACUGUUUAGAGCAUUUUUAAGUAUGUCAGAGAGGAGUAGGAAACGCUGGGCAUAGCUGACUGGGGAAGGGGGUGCACCACUCUGCAGAACACAACAGGGUGAAGUGAAUGGAGCCUGCCUGGCUCCCAGGACACUACCAGCUGGCACUUUCCCCUCCAGGCAGGAGAAUGGAAGAAUCUUUGGGGAAAAUGAGUAGCCUGGGAAAGGACCUAAAAAUAGUGACAGUCAGAGGCCCCAGGUAAGGGGGCCCAGCUGGGUAAUCCGCUAAUGAAGCUCAUAAUUAAUAGCCCCUUUCUAGGGUCCAGAGCUUCCAAAUUCUUUUAAUCCCCUGUCCCUUAAAUAGGAACAGAUAACCAAGGACAUGUGGAGAUAGGAACCAUAACACACACUUGGAAGCAAUAGAGAGUGAGCAGGAAGAAAACUUAAAAAGCAUCCUGUCGUUAAUACACACAUGGAGAGAGGAGAAAAAUUGCAAGCAAGAGACCGAAGCAGGAUGCUUAAAUACAUAAACAAACAAACAAACAAAUAAAUAGAGGAACAUUUAGCCAAAAACCAAGAAGAGAACUCAUAGAUAUAAACAAUACAAUGGAAGAAAUUAAAAAACAAACAAACCUCUGGGUGAAUAAGUUGAGAACUCAGUAAAUAGAACAGAAAGGCACAGAGAUAGAAGAUGAGAGAAAAAAAGAACAUUAAAGGGUCAGAUUAGACAACGGACAGCGGGAUAAUAAGAGUUUCAGUAAGAAAGAAAAUGGGAUAAAAUCAUCCACAAAAUGAUAUAAGGUAAUUUCCUAGAACCAAAACUUUCUGCGUUGAAGGGGCCCACUGAGUGACUAGCACCGUGGAUUUCCUUCACAGGUUUCCUUCACUCCUCUUCUGUUCAGUAAGCGAUUUGGACAUUUCGAGUGUAGGGGCAGGUUUGGGUAGUGAGGAAUGCUGAGUGUCUCCCAGUGACUAGUGAGAGUUUUGGAAGCAAGGGAUUUAUUUGGAAGCACAUCUGAGGAAAUCGGUUCCAGAAUUUGGAUAAUGAGAGUUCAGAUGUAGAGAGACAAGGUGCGCCCUUUCCAAGGCACGUUGCUGUGAAAUUUCAGAACUCUGGGACAGAGAACUUGUGCUAGCUUCUAGAGAAAGCAUAAAAGCGGGCCACUAACAGUCUUUCACAGGGUGAAGCAGAAUGGCUCGGGGACCCAUCCACAGCAGCCUCGGAAGUUAGGAGACGCGAGAGCUUUGCUUUCAGAAUUCUGAAGGAAGAUAUUUUCCACCUUGAAUUCUAAACUCAGGCAAUGGAGGAUAGAAUAAAGAUAUUUUCAGGCAUGCUCCGCAAAUUUUGUCUCUCAUAUAUUUUAAGGAAGUGACUGGCAGGCACACUCCCUCCCUCAGUGAGGUGGUGAGUCUGGAGGGACAGAGCUAGAGGAGACAGGAUUGUCCUCAGAGGAGAGGUGAGAGGAAGCUGCUGGAUGAGGUGAAGAGGCUCGGACGCCAGCCAGGGCAGGCACCCGUCAUGGAGAGCUGGUGAGAAGGUUCCUCAAAGAGUUUGAGGCGGGGGGGAUGAAAUUGACAGGGUACCUGAUGCGCUGGAACAUCUGGAGGGGAGAUUUAGGCAUUUGGCAGGGUUGGGGCUGAAUUAGUGGUAAGUACAUAGAAAACAAAGCAAUGAAAACACAAGACUGUUACCUAGUUCUAGGGAAAAUAAGCCGUUGUACAGGAAAAAAAUAAUUACGGUGCUUGAGAGGCUCAGCUGUGGAUAGCCUCUGCUCGAUGAUGAUAAUUUACGUAAACAUCGAAUAUUGCUCUGAUUGAAAUGAUGAUAUGCCUGUCUGGAGGAGGCGUGGGGCUAAGCAGGGCAUGGUUGUUUGAAGGACCGAGGGGAGGAAAGAGAGACUGCGUUUCUGCCUACUGCCUGCCACCGUACUGGGAAGUGGAUAGGCGAUGCCCAAGGGGAACCAAUGGUUAUCGCCCAAGGCUGUUACUUAGAGGCAGGUGGAGACACCACAAGGUUCAGCUGAAAAGAACUAGGAAGGUUGGAGGCAGGUGAUGAGAGGCAGGAACUGGGGGCUGUGUUUGUAAUAAACUCCUGGGACGAUUUAGUCCUUGGACGUGUACACAUAACGUGGAUCAAAAUAAAGACAAAGCAGUAGGCUUCCGACUCCGCUGAAGGAGAGGCCAGACUGUGGCCUGCCUUGAGCACGGCCGCAUCACUCACCAGGCCCUCCUCCUCGCCGGGGAGAGUUGACCUGUUCUCAUUUCCUGUGCAUUAUUGUCAUUGUUCUCUGUGUCCUGUCCUUGGCUGUGGUCUCACACCAGAGAUUUGGUGCUUUCUUUAGUUUUUUUUUUUUUAAUUUGUUACAAAAUGAUUUUUAAAACAUAGCCAAAAGUAGAGGGUGUUAUGAACUCUUCUUGUCACCCAGUUUCAGAAAUUAUGAAAUCAGGUCAGCUGUGUUUAUCUGUUUUUGUGAGCAUAACAACUUUUUUUUUUUCAAGCUGCAGCACCUUUGUUCACAGUAUAGGCUUCACAAAGAGAUAGGUUGUCACUUCCUGCCGGGGAUCAUGAGCUCUCUAGGACACCCUCUGCCUCUCCAUCGCAUAACAGCUCUUUAUUGUGUACCUACUGUAUGCUAAGCACUGUUUGUAGCCUUGAGGCUGCAGCUGUGCAGCUGUGACAAACUGUGAGGGGUCAAGUACUUCCCUUCUAAUGUUUAUACUCCAGUGCAGAUAGACCAUGAGCAAAUAAACCGGUGAAUAUGUGAUACUGGAGGUGGUGACAAAUGACAGAGAAGAAGCAGGUGGGAGGGCGGACUUGCAGGGUGAGGCGUCCUCAGGGAAGACCUCACUGAUGAGGCGAACUUUGAACAGAGAUCAGGAGGAAGUGCCGAAUUGAGCCCCAGGAUCCCCGGUGUGAGCAGUCCACCCAGACGCAGUGAACGUGGGCCAGACAGUGGGAGCCUGGCUGGUGCAGGUGAUGAACAAGAAGGGGGCCUUGUGGCUAGAGUGGGGCCAGUGACGCGGAGGGGAAGGGAUGAGCGUGUGGGAUCCCAGUCACGAAGGGCCAGUGUAAGGACUGGAAAUGGGAAGCCAUUGGACUCCAGUGAUUGGAGGGUUUUGAGCAGAGCUGUGACAUGAUCUGACUUUUAGCAGAAUAAGCAUGGCUACUAGGUUUAAAGUGGAUUAUAUGGUCUUGAGAGCAGAGGCAGGGAGAGCGGGUCAGAGGCUGUUGCAGUAAUGCAGGUGGGAGCUGUUGAUGGCUUAGACUAGGGUUGAGGGUAGAGGAGGUGGGGCAGGUUCUUAAACUAAUCUUGGUGAAAUUUAUCAUCAUUAUUUUCCCUUGAAAUAAUUUCCUUGAGUCGACUUAACUCUGGGAAAUGAGUUAUUAUUUGGAUUCCAGCGUCAGUUACCAUGCAACAAAUAUUUGCACCUUGUGAGGAAUAUAGAAGAUACAGUAGAUGUGGUCCCUGUCUCCUAGGAAGCUGAAAUCUAGUUUGGGAAUGUGGGACUGGUAUGCCUGCCCUAAUAUCCUGUCUACUUGUGAGACGCUGGCUGGGGCUUAGAGACCAGGGACUCAGAGACCAGUGUGAGCGGAUAGCCAUCUGUGCUGUGGGCCAACUCUGUGGGAAGUUACUUUACUUCAAAGGCCAAGUUUGGGCUCAGUUUUCAUUGAGGUCUUCAGGAACAUACAUCAACCUUUCAUUCUCAUCAGUGUGACCAUUUAUUACUUAUUUUUUUAUUUGGAUGCACUGUCAGAUUUACUUCUCAGGGUUAACUGAAUACAAAUGAAGUAAUUUUAUAAGCAAAUAAACCCCAGUGCUGGUGGCACAAGUGAAAAUCUGCCUUGCAGUGGGGGUUUUAAUCCAGCACCAAAGCGUCAGUUGCAGGGCUGGACGACACAGGGUGCAGAGAGUGAGUGUUGAGACCACUAAUAAACUACAGAUUUCUGUUGACUGCAGUGAUGGGAGCCGCAGUGGAUUAUUUGCCUUCUAUAGUGUUUGCAAAGCUGGAAAAAAAGUAGGUAGUUUCUGGUCUUUUUGCAAGUAGCAUAAAUAAAUAAAACUUGAACAUUCUUGGACUUCUUAAUGAAGGUCAUGUCACUUGAUUUCAUGCUCAGAAGUCGGUCAUCUGGACAAGGAGAAGACAUAAAGUUAAUAAAAACCUGAGUGUCUAGAAAAAGCAACCAAUUCUGCAUUAAAUAUCUACUGGAGAGGCUGUUAGAGUGAAGUGGUUGGGAAGUUAAGCUCUCAAAUCAGUUGUUCAGAUGCCCGCUCUGAUCCGUUGUAGCUGUGUAUACUUGGGCAAGUUGCCCGACUGUUUUGCCCCAAUUUUAUCACAAUUACUGAAGAUUAAAUAAAUUAAGAUAUGCAAGGCUUUACAACAGCACUUUGGAAAACAUAUUAGCUCUUGUUAUUAUAAAAUUAUUUGGAAACAUACAUUAUUCUUGGUGAUAACUGGCCACUGGUAGAAAGCGUGAGUGAUAAUAAAAAUAACAAGUUAUAUUUCUAUAAUACAAACAUCUGAGAGUCCGGUGGAGCAGGAAGGUACAUGAGGCCCUGGUGAGGUCUACAGAGCGUGCCUUACUGUGUUUACAGCACUUAGCUGCUACUUUCUCACUUUCCUACUCAGUAGCUCUGGUUUGCAGAGGGCUUUGAUUGUUCUCGUUUUGUAGAGAAAGAACAGAGACGCUCAGACUUAAAGUGAUAUCCCAGGCCACGCAGCAGAGUUUGGACUUGACCUCGGAAUCCCUUUCUUCCUCUGAUCUCUGGAAGUCCAUGCAGGACUUCAGUGCUGGGGUUUUUAUCCUGUAUUGUAGAAACCGAUGACAGCUGAUUAGUUCAUGGCAUUCAUGCUGAAGACAAAAGUUUUAGCUUCUGGAGGUUGACUUAUGAGACUGCUCACAUUUCUUUUUCUUGAAAUCAAGUGUAUUGAGGUAUAAUUUACAUGCAGUAGAAUGCACUCAUUUUUUAAAAAUUGAAGUGUACUCAGUUUACAGUGUUGUGUCAAUUUCUGGUGCACAGCACAAUGCUUCAGUCAUACAUGAACAUUCAUACAUUCGUUUUCAUAUUCUUUUUCACUGUAAGCUACUAUGAGAUAUCGGAUAUAGUUCCCUGUGCCAUACAGUAUGAACUUGUUCUAUCUGUUUUAUAUAUACCAGUCAGUAUCUGCAAAUCUCAAACUCCCAGUUUAUCCCUUCCCACCCUCUUCCCCUCUGGUAACCAUAAGUUUGUUCUCUAUGUCUGUGAGUCUGUUUCUGUUUUAUAUAUAAAUUCAUUUGUCUUUUUUUUUUAGAUUCCACAUAUCAGAAUGCACGCAUUUUAAGUGUAAGAUUUAACAAAUGUGGACAGAAAUAUCCACCUAUGUAACUACCACUAAAACAGUAUCAGAACAUUCCCAUCACCCAAAUUUCCUCCUGCCUGUUUGCAUUCUGUGAUUUCUGUCACCAUUUUACCUUUUAAAAAACUUCCUAUGAAUCAAAUCAUGUAUGUACUCUUUUGUGUCCUGGGUUCUUACGUUUAGUGUAAUAUCUGUUGAGAGUCAUCCGUGUUGUUGCACGUACUGAUGUGUGACUCAGUGGUUCAUUCUUUUUUAUUGCUAGGUAGCUUUCCACUGAGUGAGUACACCACAGUUUGUUUAUUUGUCCACUUGUUUAUGGACCUCUGGGUUGUUUUUUGGUUUGUUGCUAUUUUAAAUAAAGCCACAGUGAGCAUUCUUGUACAGAUCUUUGUGUGGACAAUUAUUUCAUUCAUGGAUAGUGUCUUUUGUGUUGUUUCUAAAAGGCAUCACCGUAUGCAGCGCCACCUGGGUUCUCUCCUUUGUUGCCUUCGAGGAGUAUUACAGUUUUGCAUUUUACAUUUGGGUCUGUGAUCCAGUUUUAGUUAAUUUUUGUCAAGGGAGUAAGUUCUGUGCCUAGAUUUAUUUUUUUUAAUUUUGUGUGUAGGUAAUUAGGUUUAUUUAUUUAUUAAUGGAAGUACUGGGGAUCGAACCCAUGGCUUUGUGCAUGCUAAGCAGGCACUCUGCCCAGCUGUACCCUCCUCUGCUAGAUUCUUUUUUUUUUUUUUUUUUUUUUUACUGUCUGAGUGUCCAGUUGUUCCAAUACCAUUUGUUGAAGUGACAGACUGUCUUUACUCCAUUGUAUUUCUUUUGCUCCUUUGUUAAAAAUCAGUUGACUAUAUUUAUGUGGGUCUACUUCUGGGCUCUCUGUUCUGUUCCACUGAUCUGUUUUUCUUUUCUUUGCCAAUGCCAUACCAUCUUGAGUACUGUAGCUUUAUAUAAGUCUUGAAGUCGGGUAGCAUCAGUCUUCCAACUUGGUUCUGCUUCAGUGUUGUGUUGGCUCUGCUAGGUCUUUUGCCUCUAUGUAUAAACUUCAGAAACAGUUUGUUGCUAUCCACAAAAUAACUUGCUGGGAUUUUGAUUGGAUUAAUCUGUGGAGUAAGUUGGGAAGAAUUGACAUCUUGACAAUAUUGAGUCUUCCUGUCCUAGAGCACUUUGAACGUGGAAUCUCGGCAUUUAUUUAGUUAUUCUUUGAUUUCAUCCAUCAGAACAUUGUAGUUUUCCUCAUAAAGAUCUUAUGCAUAUUUUGUUAGAUUUAUACCUAAGUGUUUCAUUUUGGGGGCACUUAUAAAAGGAGUUGUGUUUUUAAUUUCAAAUUCCACUUGCUCAUUGCUGAUACAUAGGAAAGUGGUUGACUUUUGUGUAUUAACCUUGUAUCCUGCAAACUUGCUGUAGCUUGAGCCCUUAAAAUUUUAUAAUUGAAAAAUGAUUGAUAAUCUAAGAUGCGUAUAUCAUAUUUUGAUGGUCUGUUUGAUUGGCCUUUAUUACAUAGAAUCCCUAAAGCUGUUUUGUAGAACACCUACUUUUAUGGAUCUUACAGAACCUUCCACGAGAUGAAAAAUCUGCUUGAUAUUUUGUAUUAACAAUCUUUUCUAACUUUUUGAAAGUCUCAGCAUUAAAAAAAAUCAGGUCUGUAAUGCAAAAAAGUUGGUAACAGCUUUAUUCAUAAUAGCCAAAAAAGGGAACUAACCAUGAAGUUCAUCAUUUGGUAAAUGGGUAAACAUAUAUUGGUAUAUCCAUACAGUGGAAUGCUGCUCAGCAGUAAAAAAGGAACUUACUACUGCCACAGGCCACAACAUGGACAGACCUCAAAAGCGUCUUGCUAAGUGAAGGAAGCCAAACACAAGAGCCUACUUCCUGUAUAAUUCCAUUCAUGUGACAUUCUAGAAAAGGCAGAACUGUAGGACAGAAAACAAAUUGGUACCUGCCUGGAGCUGGGUGUUGGUGGAGGAUGAGGGAAAUGUUCUGUAUCUUAAUUGUAAUAUACAUUUGCCCCAACUCAUCCAACUGUGCAGUUAAAGAGUUUUAUUGUGUACUAAUCACACCUCAAUAAACCUGAUUCUAAAAGGAAUAAAAAGAGGUGUCAGAGUGAUUUAAUCCAUAAAGAAUGGUCUUUUGAACAAACAGUGCUGGGACAGCAGGAUAUCUGUGUGAGGAAAAGCGUGGCUCUCAGCCUCUCCCGCCGGGAACAGUCAUACUGGAUGGUGGCUGAGACUCUCUGCAUCUAGCACGCCUUUCCACGACGGCAAGUACCUUAGCUUCCACUUACUAAUACUCAUGAUUUAAUUCUCACUGGUUUGCUCACUUGUAUCUAUAAUACGUAGUAAAUACACACACACCAACAAACCCUGGUCCAAGUGACAAAGCAAAUAUACAAAUAUUAGCCAAGGUUCUCCAGAGAAACAGAACCCAUGGGGGGGUGUGUGUGUGGAGAUUGGUUACGAGGAGUUGGCUCACGUGGUUGUGGAGGCGAGUUCACCCCGGGAGAGCUGGUGAUAAGUAGUUCCAGUCUGAGCCUGAAGGCCUGAGAACCACGGACCGAUGGUGUCAGUUCCAGUACUGGUCCGAGUCUGAAGGCAAGAGACCGAUGUCCUGGCUCAAAGAUAGGCCAAGAGGAGAAUUCCCUCCUUUUUGUUCUGUGUGGCUUUGCAUGGAUUGGGUGAGGCUCACCGGGGUUGGUGGGUGGGCACCGACGGAAUCAAACGUUCCAGAAACAGCCUCACAGCCACGUCCAGAGUGUGCAGUCAGAUUUCUGGGUGGCUGAGUCUCAGCCCAGUUGACACAUAAAAUUAAUAACCAGGACAAACCACUGGAUGUUUUCAUCCUGUAGUUGUCAAUUCUGCCAUCAAACGUGGGAAAUGCCCUUGUAUGAGUUUUAACGUGCAUCCGGCCGUGUGGCCCUCUCUUCCAGAUCAGGACGGUGGUGGAUGCGUCAGGAUGACGCGUACUGGAGUGUGAGGGGGUCAGCCCCACUGUCUGCCGCAGACCACCCCCUCUUCCCGGAUCCUUGCCUGCUGUCAGUGUGAAGGCUCCUUCAGCCCCGUGGCCGCAGUGGGCGGCCAGCAUGGAGUGCUUCCUCCUGGGGCUGCCAAGUCAGCCCCUGGCGUCAUACCCUGCCGUGUGUGACAAGAAAUAUUUAACAGCCCCACCUUGAGCUGAGAAACAGCUCCCGUCUGCCCGGCCACAGUGUUUUGGUUUAAACCCAACCUAAUUCUUCCAUCAGUAGCAUUUCCAAGGGCCUUUGACAGAGCCCUUGUAGAAAACCAAGCCCCAGGUGGUGAAGUUUCUGGACAGACUCGCUGUUAGUCCUGCUGCUGGCGGCAGAAGCCGGAGACCGCGCGGCAGCUGGGGGUACCUCGUUCCCUCUAGGCAGGCUCUUCGUGCUCUGCUUCUUCAGAACUUGUAGGGCCUUAUGCGGGCUGCUUUUUUAAACAGUCAGAGAUUUAUGUUUGGAAAUAAUGCCCUUAUUUUUUAAUGAAAAAUUUAUGAGGUCAAUGUUGUCCUCUGCCGUGUUUUUGAAGCGGUCUUCAUCUUCAGCCUGGCUUUCCUCGCCUGGCUGUCCCCACUGUGCUGCUCUCACCCCCAGAAGGCCGCGCAGUGUAACCCAGAGCAUCUGGCUUGAAAUGCCCGGGCACCUGGCCCAGAAAUUCCUAGAUGGCCCACCCCCAUUUGCAAAGUAAAACUUGCUGCUGGCGACGCUGUCUGGUCGCCUUUACGCUCUGCUCUGCUCUGCUCUUUCUCUUCGUGGACUUUCCCUCCAUGCACGUUUUAAAGUAGCCAGUCCUCGUCUCUCAGCGACUGCUCUCAUAGGCCAUUUAAUGCACUCAGCCCAUCUUGUUUCCACCACUGCUGUUUUUGUGGCUUGUUUGGGGUUAGAAAUGACAACACAAAGGACUGCCCUCGUUCCUUGAUGUUAAAAAUGAACUUUGGCCUCAGCCCUGUUGGUAGAUGCCACCCCAGCUCGGCGUGUAGGCGCUCAUCCCCUUGCUUCAGAAAGGCCUGGACAGAGCUGCGAUGCGGCAGGGCUGCACGUGGGACAGGGUUCCCAGGACCAGCGUCCCCGCUGAAUAACCAGACACAGGGUUUUGGCCAUUCCCAGGGGAAGACCUGUCUUGUUUUUGUGUAAUCCCCCAUUGUAAAAUUUUGAAACUUUAACUUUUGUUCGAUAAGCAAAUGGCAGGUAAAGUCAGCCUGUGGGACUUUGGUGCAAGGUUGUAAACGUAACCUGUGGCUUCAGCAGCAGGCUCCAAGUUUACCCUCUGUUACACUCCUCCACCAUAUUUAGGCCUUUUCUUAUUUGUUUUUCACACACUGCAUUGUGUAUUUGCAUUUUAUACUUUAUUUAUUCAACAAUGCCUCUUGGAAAUUCCUCCAAGUCCAAUGUUAUAGCUCUAGUUUUUUUCCUCUCCAUUUUUUUUUUUUUUACUGUGGUAAAGUACACAUAACAUGAAAUUUACCACCUGAACCGUUUUCAAGUGUGCAGUUCAGGACACUAAGCAUACUCAUAUUGUUGUGCAACCAUCACCACCACCCAUCUCCAGAACUCAUUUAUCUCCCCAAACUGAGACUCUGUCCCCUUUAAACACUGAAUCUCCAUCCCCCUCUUCCAGCCCAUGGCCCCCACCCCUCCGACGUUCUGUCUCUAUGAAUUUGACUCCUCCCAGGACCUCAUAUAAGUGGAAUCCUACAGUAUUUGUCCUUUUGUGUCUGACUUAUUUCACUGAGCUUGGUGUCCUCAAGGUCCAUCCAUGUUGCAGCAGGUGUCAGUUUCCUUCCUUUCUGAGGCUGAGAGUGCUCCAUGGUAGGGACGGACCACAUUCUGUUUACCACUCACCCGCCAACGGACAUGGGUCGCUUCCACCUUUUGGCUGCUCUGAAAAGUGCUGUGAGCAUGGGUUUGCAAAUAUCUCCUCCAGACCCUGCUUUCAGUUCCUGUGGGUAUAGUCGCAGAAGUGGAAUUGCUGGGUCAUGUGCUAAUUUUAUACAGCGGUUCUAUUUUUUUGGCAGAACGUCUGUACUGGCUUUCACAGUGGCCUUGCCAUUUUCCAGUCCGGUUAACAGCGCACACGGGUGUCAGCUGCUCCACGUCUUCACCAGUGCUGCUUCUUUUCUGUUUGGGAAUUUUUUUUUUAACAGUAGCCAUCCUGCUAGGUGUGAGGUGGUGUCUCCUUGUGGUCUCGGUUUGCAGCCCCCUGGGGAGCAGUGAUGUUGAGCAUCUUUUCAUGUGCUGAUCGGCCACUUGUGUCUUCUUCAGGGAAAGGGUGAUCCAAGUCCUUUGCUCAUUUUUGAAUCAGGUUAAUUUUUCUUUCUUGUGUUUGAAGAGUUUUCUAUAUAUUCUGAUAUUAACCCCUUGUUAAGUAUAUGAUUUGCAGAUAUUUUCUCCCAUCCUGUGAGAGCCUUUUUACUCUGUUGAUAGUGCCUUUUGAUGCAAAAAAGUCUUGAUUUGUAUAAAGACCAAUUUGCCUGUUUUUCUGUUGUUGUUAAUGCCUUAAGUUCUUAUUGCUUUGUAUCUUUUUUAAAAGGAAAAUUGUUUUUUCUGAUAGUAAAAACAAGAAAUGCUCGAUAUAAACAAAAAUAAGCUUAAAUACAGAAAACGAUAAAAGUGGGUCAGAUUCACCCAAAUGCCCACCAUCCAGGGGUAUUUACUGACACUUGGAGCUGGGUGGUGGUCGAGGUGCCCAUGCCCAGCACACAGCCUGAUCGUGACCUGCUGGUUCUCCCUGCAGCUGCCCAUAGGGAGAGGCUGCACAGGUCACACUGAGUGGUCUAGUUUGUUGUAAGUUAGGAAUCUCAAUGUAAGUCAGUUAAUUGACUCACCGUUAAAAAAAAAAAAAUAAAGCUGCAGUCCACUAUGCUGAUGAGGAAAGGGCCCGGGGGGGACCUGCUGCUGGCCCGACCCAAACACGGGCUCCUGAUUCCUCAUCCAGAGGGCUCAGCAGUGCCCGAUCUUACUCGGGUUGGUCACUUACUAAGAACAAAACUUUAGACAUUUAAUCUAUUAAAGACUAAAAAAUUAUAGUGUUUGGGGCUAAUACACCAAACGAGGAAAAAAUUAGAGUCCCUUUAAUCUAAUUAGGUGUCUUCUUAUUCAGAGAAGACCACACUCAGGACAGCUAGCAGAGGAAUGUCAAGUGAGGCUGCCCCGCCUCUGCCGGGGUACAGGCUGGGCUGGCGGGGCGUCUAGGGCUGGUUCCAGGCUGACGUCACAUCUGAGCAGGAACUCAUUCCCGCUGUGAGCCUUGCUCUGUUCGAUGCCCUUUGCCUCCAGGACCAGAGAUACAAGGACUAGAGAUAAAAGGACCAGAGAUAUAAGGACCAGAGAUACAAGGACCAGAGCCUUCGUAUCUGUUGGAUCAGAAAAGCCAGGAAAGCCUUGCUGUUUGUGGCUGUCGCAGAGGUCAGCGCCUGACCUUCUAAGGAAGCGUGAUCCUGCCAGGCCCCCGCUGUUGACCUGAUUGAGCUUUGAAGGAGGAGAAACUUGCACGUGUGACUUCAGCCCCUGGGGAGGGCUGGGGAAACCUGGGUGUGUGUGCGUGUGCAUGUGUAAGUGUGAUCCUACCCAGAUUACUGCAUAAAUACUUUUUACAACGGAAUACCACUCGCGUACAGAAGGGCAGGAAUUGUUGGUGUGUACAACCAUGUGGACGAAUCUCAAAUUACACACUGAGUGAUUCCAUUUAUAGAAAACUCUAGAAAAUGCAAACUAAUUUAUAGUAACAGAAGAUAGAGCAGCAGUUGCUAGAGGAGAGCGGGGCUGGGGGAGAGGAUUGCUUUUGGGGAUGAUGGAGACGUUCCCUGCCUGAUGGUGGUGACGGCGUCUCGGAUGCACGUGCACUCAUGACGCUGUACGUUACAUAAGCGCAGCUCGUUGUGGGUCGGUUACACCUCAGCAAAGCUGCUUAGGAGAAAGAGUUACUCACCUUUAACAGUAAGAAGGCUGAGGGAGUGUGUGGGGGGCUUGACUUUUAGAGUCACACUUGAAUUCAGAUGCUGAUCUGACACCCCUGGGCCUCAGUUUCCUCAGCUGGAGGAGGGUUACCUGUCCUCACUGGGAGGGCGUGCAGAGGGUGUGCAGUAACGCACGUGCGUGAAGUGCUCGUCUUACUGCCUGGCACAUGGUGAGAGCACGUUAACUAGCAACUGCUAUUAAAAAGAUAUCGUCUGUAUGUAUAAAUUUUCCUAAAAAUACGUGACCAUGUCUUUUCCUCGCAAUUAAACUGAAGUCGUAUUAAGUUAUUGUCAAGAGAGUCAGGGUUUUUACAGAGCGUUGUAGACACUGGUGUUUGUUAAUGUGCACACAUUGCUUCUUGGCUGCGAAAUACUUGAAGGUGUUCAGGUUACCAGGCCCGGAGCCCGUGUGUGUGGUGUUCGCACUGUGAACGUGACAGCGGCGGCCCUGGAGCUGUGGCCCUGCCUGUGUCCACAGACAGGGCUGUGACUCUGCGUUGUCUCUGCACUGUGUUAGCCUUGAUCUUAAAACUGAACACUGACCUCCUAAACCAGGUGACAUUUUAAGUGACUUUCCCGUUUGCUGCUUUCUCAGCCUUCAGCAAACCUUUUUUUUUUUUUUUUUUUUUUUUGGUAUGGUUUCACCUUCAUAUUUAGAAACUAUUCACCCUGUUACAUCUUUGAGAAGGGAUGGUCUUAAAAACUUUAAUGACACGGGUAUUUAUGAUCUAGCUUUAAAAAUAGGCUGUAAAAUGGUGUGAUUAUAGCUGUUAAAGGGGAAUUAAAAGCUGUUGCUAUAUUGCCUGUCUUUACUCCACUCACACCCACGACCCACUCGCAGGGAUCCAGCUGGAGUAGAGCAGCAGGCGUGCGAGAGACGGCAGGGUAUCUCACCUGGAAUCCAGUAGUGUUUCAUGAUUUUUGUAAUGUGCGUAUUGCCUUUAUAGUGUAUAAUAAUCAUAUACUAAACAUAGAGUGUGUGAUAAACACCCAGCUGUGUGACUCUGGUGAGCAGCCGGCCGCACUGAGCCGGUGAUCGCCGCCCCCCAGGGCAGGGGUCACCAGGUUUCUCUGCUCUUCCUUUUCCCGUGGGGGCACGUUGAGAGCUCUGGGGGCUCAGGAAACACUACACAAAGGUGACGAUGACCAGAGAAUGUUCUUUCCUCUGUCGAUGGUGGUUUUAGCCCCUUUCAUGUAAAAGUCCUCACCACCUUUUGCCUGCUGACCUCUUUACUCUUCCUCAGCGCACAGCGUCCAGGCUCUACAUGAAGCUGACGUGAGAGGAUCCAGGGGAAAGGCCCUGCGUCCAGGGACAGGAUGACCAAAAGCCGGCUCUUCCGCCUGUGGCUGGUCUUGGGCUCCGUCUUCACCAUCCUCCUGAUCAUCGUGUACUGGGACAGCGUGGGCACCGCCCACUUCUCCUUGCCCACCUCCUUCUCCAGGCCGCACCCGCUGGAGGCCCUCCCCACCGGCCGGGCAGACGAGAAGGAGUUCGCCUCCGAUGUGGACGCGUUUCUGGAGAAGCUUCUCAGCGCUGGCGUGAAGCAGAGCAUCCUCCCCGGGAAGAGGGCGGAGCAGCCCCCGCUGCUGGCCUCCAGCAGGCCCGCGCCCGGCAACAUGGAGGAGAGUGUGCGGGGCUACGACUGGUCCAGCCACGGCGCCCCGCAGAGCCCGGACGUGGACGGGCGGCAGGCCGAGCGCAGGAGCGUGCUCAGGGAGCUCUGCGCCAACGCCAGCUUCAUGUUCCCCACCAAGGAGCGCUCCUUCGAUGACAUCCCCAACUACGAGCUGAACCACCUCAUCGUGGACGACCGCCACGGGGUCAUCUACUGCUACGUGCCCAAGGCGGCCUGCACCAACUGGAAGCGCGUGAUGAUCGUCCUGAGCCAGAGCCUCUCGGACCGGGGCGUCCCCUACCGCGACCCCCUGGACAUCCCCCGGGAGUACGUCCACAACUCCAGCACCCACCUGACUUUCAGCAAGUUCUGGCGUCGCUACGGGAAGUUCUCCCGCCACCUCAUGAAGGUCAAGCUGAAGAAGUACACCAAGUUCCUGUUCGUGCGGGACCCUUUUGUGCGCCUCAUCUCGGCCUUCCGCAGCAAGUUCGAGCUGGAGAACGAGGAGUUCUACCGCAAGUUCGCCGUCCCCAUGCUGAGGAUGUACUCCAACCACACCAGCCUGCCCGCCUCGGUCAGCGAGGCCUUCAGCGCGGGCCUCAAGGUGUCCUUCACCAACUUCAUCCAGUACCUGCUGGACCCCCACACCGAGAAGCUGGCGCCCUUCAACGAGCACUGGCGGCAGGUGCACCGCCUCUGCCACCCCUGCCAGAUAGACUACGACUUCGUGGGCAAGCUGGAGACGCUGGACCAGGACGCCGCCCAGCUGCUCCGGCUCCUCAAGGUGGACAAGCUGCUCCACUUCCCCCCGAGUUACCGGAACAGAACUGCCAGCAGCUGGGAGGAGGACUGGUUCUCCAAAAUCCCCCUGGCCUGGAGGCAGCAGCUUUACAAACUCUACGAAGCAGAUUUUGUGCUCUUUGGCUACCCCAAGCCCGAAAAUCUACUUAGAGACUGAAGGCAUUAGGAGAAAAUCCCGAACACCAAAACCAGAACAAAGCGGAACAGACCACACGCUCAUGCCUUUACUCUAAGCCUGAGCGCAGGGCCUGUGGUCCCGCCGCCGUCUUCCUGAGCGCGGCGCGAUGGGUUGCCACGUGUAUUUUUUUACGGCUUCGUUUCCCUCCCGGCGUGACACGUCACAGAGUCCCACAGUGCUCCUGCUGGUGAGGCCACUGGGAGCGCCUGGAAUUGACCAUGCCCACGCCCUAGUUUGUAAAAUAACCUAUGAUUUUGCAGUCUAGGUCCACUGCCUAUGUUCAUCGAGUGCUGUGUUAAUAUUGUUUUUUAAGAUUAAUAUAUUUCAGAUAUUUAAUAUGAAAAGUGGAGAAAGAAAUGGUGGAGUAAAAGGUCACAUCUGCCCCUUC